AUGCAAAAGAUUUGUAAAUACUCAUCCAUGGCUAUUUUAAGGAAAAGACCGCUGCUAAAGACUGAAACUGGGUCAGAAUCGGAAUUUUUCCCUCAGAAAAGGACCAAAAUCAAGCAAGAAGAGGUUAUCCCUCAACCCGUAGAUAUCAACUGGGUCAAGUCGUUACCAAAUAAGCAAUACUUCGAAUGGAUUGUGGUUAGAAACGGAAAUGUACCUAACAGAUGGGCCACACCAUUGGACCCCUCGAUCUUUCUCACCCCAACCUCGACGAAGGUCCCCUACAAGUUUCAAGAAACAUAUGCUAGAAUGCGAGUGCUGAGGUCUAAGAUUCUAGCGCCUGUCGAUAUAAUUGGCGGCUCAUCCGUUCCCGUGACGGUAGCCUCUAAGUGUGGUAUCUCGAAAGACCAAAUAUCACCGAGGGACUACAGAUUACAAGUACUUCUUGGGGUGAUGCUCUCAUCGCAGACAAAGGAUGAAGUAACCGCAAUGGCAAUGCUUAACAUAAUGCAGUAUUGCAUAGAAGAACUGCAUAUCGAAGAAGGUAUGACAUUGGAGGGAGUUUUGCAAAUCAAUGAGACCAAACUAGACGAACUGAUUCAUUCAGUUGGGUUCCACACAAGAAAGGCCAAAUAUAUCUUGUCUACCUGCAAAAUCCUUCGAGAUCAAUAUUCAGGUGAUGUUCCAGCUACGAUUAAUGAAUUGUUGGCCCUGCCCGGUGUGGGGCCCAAGAUGGCUUAUUUGACAUUACAAAAGGCAUGGGGCAAGAUUGAAGGUAUUUGCGUUGACGUUCAUGUGGAUAGAUUGACCAAGCUUUGGAAAUGGGUAGAUCCGCAAAAAUGCAAGACCCCAGAUCAGACAAGAACUCAAUUACAAAACUGGCUACCUAAGGGGCUUUGGACAGAAAUAAAUGGGUUGCUGGUUGGAUUCGGGCAAAUAAUCACUAAAUCGAGGAAUCUUGGUGACAUGUUAAAAUUCUUGCCAUCGAAUGAUCUCAGGAACUCCUUGGAUUGGGAUUUGCAGUCUCAAUUAUACAAGGAAAUCCAGCAGAAUAUUAUGAGUUAUCCUAAAUGGGUAAAAUACCUGGAAGGGAAACCUGAAUUGGAUGUGGGUGCGGAAAUUGAUGUCGAACACGAGGAGAAAACAAAUGAAGAAACUGUGGUCAAGUUGGAAGAUGAUAUUCCUGUUAAAGGAGAGGACUAA